AACAUCCGAUCCCGCCAUUCACAACGCACCUUCCCUCCAUUUCCAUCUCUCUGGUUUUCCACCUUUCCAAAUUCCAACUCCCUUCUGCCAUCGCCUUUCGAUAUCGAAUCCUUUUUCUUCCUUUUACAGCAGAAUAUCUAUAUUCUCUCGUCACCUUUUCAACUUCAACUUGUAUCGUGCUUCCGCGUGAUUCGAAUUCGGUGGUCUCCCUCGAAUUUUCAGCUUUUUCUGUCCUAUUUAUGCUGCCCAACGGCGCAACCCCAAACCCACAACCGCAAUCGCAUUCGCAGCCAGCCAUAGAGCCUUCGAUGAACGUUUAUCAUCACCAAGAUUUCAUUGUCUUCUCCUCCAUUUUGUGUCAUAUUGCCAGUGUUUUGGUGCACCCAUGUCGUUCAUCCAUGUAGGAUAACUGCCCGUGCCUUACCUGCAAUCCGGGGCCGAGUUGGGAAACUACAUCCUGAGUCAAAUGGGUUACGGAAGUAAUGAUUCACGAGAAAACGCGCAGCAGACUGAUAUUGGUGCAGCGGUGCGCAAUGGAAGAGAAAUCCUUUUGCAGGCCUUCAAUUGGGAGUCUCAUAAACAUGAUUGGUGGAGAAAUUUAGAAACUAAAGUUCCGGAUAUAGGAAGAUCUGGUUUUACGUCAGCAUGGUUGCCGCCUGCAACUCAUUCCUUUGCACCGGAAGGUUACCUUCCGCAGGACAUAUAUUCUCUCAAUUCUAAAUAUGGAUCUGAGAACUUAUUAAAAUCUUUACUUCAUAAAAUGAAGCAACAUAAAGUUAGAGCAAUGGCUGACAUAGUUAUCAAUCAUCGUGUUGGGACUACUAGAGGGCAUGGUGGAAAGUACAACCGCUAUGAUGGAAUUUCGUUGUCAUGGGAUGAACGUGCUGUCACAUCUUGUACCGGUGGACUGGGUAAUCCAAGCACUGGGGACAAUUUCCAUGGGGUUCCGAAUAUUGAUCAUAGCCAACUUUUUGUUCGAAAAGAUAUUACAGGAUGGAUGCAGUGGCUACGUAAUAAUGUUGGUUUUCAGGAUUUCCGAUUUGAUUUUGCAAGGGGUUAUUCGGCAAAAUAUGUGAAAGAAUACAUUGAAGGAGCAAAACCAAUUUUUUCUGUUGGGGAGUAUUGGGAUUCUUGCAACUACAACGGUCAUGGCCUGGAUUACAACCAAGAUAGCCACAGACAGCGGAUAGUAAAUUGGAUCAAUGGCACAGGACAGCUAUCAACUGCGUUUGACUUUACAACCAAGGGAAUUCUUCAGGAAGCGGUUAAAGGACAAUUGUGGCGCCUGCGUGACCCCCAAGGGAAGCCACCAGGUGUAGUUGGAUGGUGGCCUUCUCGAUCUGUCACCUUCCUAGAUAACCAUGAUACAGGCUCAACCCAGGCUCAUUGGCCCUUCCCUACAAAUCAUAUUAUGGAGGGUUACACAUACAUACUCACACACCCAGGAAUACCAACAGUUUUCUACGAUCAUUUCUACGAUUGGGGUGAUUCCAUUCAUGAUCAGAUUGUGAAACUGAUUGACAUCAGGAAGCGUCAAGACAUUCACAGCCGAUCAUCUAUAACGAUCCUAGAGGCCCAACCGAAUCUCUACUCUGCUAUGAUAGGGGAGAAAGUGUGCAUGAAAAUUGGGGAUGGUUCAUGGUGCCCGGCCGGUAGGGAGUGGACACUGGCAACCUGUGGUCAUAGAUAUGCUGUUUGGAACAAGUAGCUUAGAAAUAUUAUAGAUAUAGCUUUUAUAUAUUUAUGCCCACGCACUAUGGUUGUUAAUAUGUAUUUAUAUCAAUAAGACUUACACCAAAUAGGAUGAUAAUCGACGUCUCAUCCUCCACCCCAUAUGCAUUGAUAAAGGAGGACCUACAUGAAACGGAGACACUAAAAGGACGAGCUGACGUUUGUAUUGUACGGAAGGUUUUUGCACUAGGAAUCGUUGUAGUAACUUACAAGUAUGGAACUGAGACUUCAUGUUGUAUCAUUAGACCAUUUCUAGUGCCCUAAAAUAAUGUGUUGCUUUAUUGAGUAAUGUCAUAUUGAGUGGUCCUUUAUGCAAA